UCAAAUAAGAAUGUCCCAAUAACUACUAAGUAGUUCAGAGGGAGCCGAGUACUCUUUAAUAUUUGACCUGAGGUCAUAAGCUAUGUCGGCGAGGUUCGGGACCGUGCGCAGAUCAGAUGUGGGUGGCUAUUUGUAUUUGUAUACGCGCUUUUGGUCAGGUGAUCGAGUCUUGUUUGUUGAUAUCCAGAUAAAGUUCGAAAGUAAUAGGGUGUCGAAGCGCGUCCACCCUCACUUUUCUUCACUCACUCAACCCAUCCAUCGCGAUGCCCCGCAAAGCCGCCGUACCCGCCGCGCCUGCAGACGAUUCCGGCGCCACCACAGCUGUUGCUGACGGUGACGCUCAUCCUGCACGUCGUUCAUCUCGCCUUGCUAGUCGGGAUAAGCCCCAAGUGCCUAAGAAGGCUCCCGCGAAGCCGCGGGGGAGGAAACCUAAAGCUACUGCAGACGACGACGACCAAGACGGUGAAGCUGAAGCUAAACCCAAGUCUAGCAGGGGAAAGAAGCGUACUGCUGCUGAGAAAGCUGCAGAAGAGGGCGCUGAACCAGAGGGCGAAGAGGCCCCCGCCGCCAAGAAGGCCAAACCCGAAUCCAAGGCUGCGUCGAAGCCAGCUUCCAAGGCCGCUUCCAAGCCAGCCUCCCAGGCAGCCCCCACAAAACCAGCCUCCAAGGCCACGAAACCUGCGUCUCGAGCGUCCGCCAAACCAGUCUCAACCACCGCCAAGAAACCUGCUUCAAGGGCAAGUUCCAAGAAGCCUACAUCUAAGGCUGAAGCCCCGACAAAUGAGAACGAAGCUCCAGGCCCCGUAGAAGAGACCAUCGCAGAAGAGCCAGAAGAAGAAGCUGCCGCUGCCGAAGUCCCAGCUGCUGAAAUUGCCGUGCGUUUUUUUUCUCGUUGGUGUCCAGAAUGUUCAAAGUAUGAUUCUAGGUUUGAUCACUCUCUGUAAUCACCCAUCCACGAUGAUGGAUGUGUCCCUCUAUAUCCGCCGCAGACAAAUGUAUCUUCUUCCUAUCAUUAUCUGCUAUCACCCAUUUGUAUCCCAGUCUUCCACCCCGAAUACCGAUCGUGUCUCCUUACCGUGUUGUCCGUAAUCUCGUUG